AUGUGCAAUCCCAUCAAAUCGUCUAAAUUUCCACCUCCUCCCCUCUCUCCCGAUCCAACUCCAAACAAACCUCCUCCUUACCCCCUCCUUUCAGUCUGCCUACCAUUAUCCCCCAAAUCAUCGUCUAAUCCAGACAAAUCAUACAAUAUUCCCUCCGAAGUCCCAAUCCACAAUCUCCCAUCAAUGAAUUACAAUGUGGGAUCCUCCACGAUUAUCAUACUUCACGCCAAUCGUAUUUCUACUCAACAAACUACUCCAUUUUUUGAAAUCAUUUCCAUUGCAAUCAGAUCCUUAUUCAUAUUUGAUUUGUGCUGA